CCCAUGACACAGGUUCAUACUGACUUUUCCUGCAGCUCUGCCACUUCACAGCCGGGUUUGCCGCCACUCAAAAUGACCCAGAAAAGUGUACGUCGUAUUGCUAUAUGGACACAUGCCCGCAGUAUAUCUACAACCCUCUCACAGUGCCUUGCUGGCAGAGAUGACACUAUCUGCUUCCACGAACCAUUUGGUGUACCGUAUUUUGCUGGAGCAGAGGACAUUUUGGUGAAUCCAAAAUUUGUCGAACUCGGUCAGAGCUACACCAAAGUAAAAAAGAUGCUAGAGAAAAACUACGAAGGAAAAGCCGUUGUUGCAUUUAAGGAUAUGGCUUCGUAUAUGUACGGUAAAUUCAACCACAUACCGCAAGGAUUCACGUACGUCUUUUUGAUUCGGGAGCCAAUACGAAGUAUACAUAGUCUUGCCGGUGUAAAGAAUGCACGUAAUACAAAUGGGAAACAGUGGCUAACGUUUUUGCAAUGGGACAAUAAAGGUUUGUAUCGUUUAUAUCAAUAUGUCACGGAAGUACUGAAACAAGAGCCUAUAAUCAUAGAUGCGUAUGACUUGUCUCACCAUCCUGAGAAGAUAUUAAAGAUACUGUGUCGGAAGGUUGACAUUCCAUACACGGAAAGUAUGCUUACAUGGAGACCUCGUAAUAUGGACGGAUGGCACAACCACUGGAAAGAAAACAAGUUACGUGAACAGUUAUUCAGAGCCGCACUUGACAGUACUUGCUUUAGACCUCUGCCUGAUAAAGAUGAGUUGAUGGAUGCAUCUAUUUUAUCGCACGAAGAUAAAAUCGUUCUUGAAAAAUCUACUCACGUUUAUGAAAUUUUAUACAAGAUGCGCAUCAAACCAACAGACUGUGAUGAAAUAUUCAAAUCUAGCAAACUAUAAUCGGUGAUGUAAGGACAUCUAACAAACGUGGCGUCUCUUCUAGCACUGUUAAUUGCUAAUGGUACACUCGCCCCUCAGAUAUGAUUAUGUAAACAUCACAACUAUGGUUUACAAAUCAGUGCACUGAUAGACACUGGGCAAAUGUGUUUGUUUCUCUGCUAGACCAAGAAGUAGAGUAAUAUAAAUCACCUUUCAUUAUUUUGACUACACCACCUUUGAAUAUUACGUCUAAAUGAGAUACAAAGAAAGUGUGUGGUUGUAACCCAAAUGUGUUCUUGCAGUUACUAAUCACGCAUUUACAAUUUUUUUUUCAAUAAUUCACUGAGCGCUUGUUAUUUCUAUUAUCUAGUAGGCUUACUAUUGAAUAGUUCUGAUCUAUCGUUUAUUUUGUAAUGAAUGUAAGCCGCUACUGAACCGUUCAAUAUUAUCUUAACAGAUGUAUACAUUACACACAUUUUAGUAAGUAAACCUUCAUUAAGUUUGGAAUAAGUCGGUAAGAUUA